AACCUUGUUUCUUUCUCUCCACGAAACCCAUAAAACCUUCUAGCUUUCUAUGUCAUGAAUUCAUCUUUAUAGUUUCAUCCUCACAGUACCGGAGGCUUCAUUUUUGCAGUGCUCUAGAUUGUUUUUUCAGGUCCAAUAACUCUAAAUUGUCUCAUUCACAGAGAAGAAAAGUCCAAGUUUGUGGAUUAGAAGGGGUUCAUUUCGUUCAUUCUCAAGCUAUGGCCUCUAAGAUCCUUGCAAACUUGAUUGUGAUGGGAGGAGGAAUAUUGGCAAGAGCAUUUGCUCAGGCAUAUCGUCAAGCACUUGCUAAUGCCUCAAAAAAUGGUGUGGCGCAAGAGACGAUUCAAAAUACUGUCCGCAGAGCUAGCACCAGGAUGACAGAGAAGGAGGCUCGGCAGAUUCUUGGUGUUACUGACGAAACCCCAUGGGAGGAGAUAGUGAAGAAAUAUGGCAGUUUGUUUGAGAAUAAUGCCAAGAACGGGAGUUUUUACCUCCAGUCCAAAGUUCAUCGGGCCAAGGAAUGUUUAGAGGCUGUCCAUCAAAGCACAAAUCCGGGUACCCCUAGUUGAGAACUUAAUUUUUCUCCCUCUUAUAACCCAUGUGUAAUCAUUUUGGUCACUGAGUUGUAAAGCUUGAGGAAAAAUGCUAGGAGCACAUUAUUUUUAAUACAUUUUUUAUUAUUAAUUUUGGGUUUAGAAAAUUA